CGUCAGAUACUCCCAACAAAGUGACACAACGUGGGCGGCGCGUUGAGGAGACGAUCUGCACCACCGCGGUCUCCACGCAGGAGUCCGGAGCUGCAUGUGGAGCUGAAGGGACGGUGUGGCGACGGGGUUAACCUGCGGAGCAAACCAUCACACGUGAAAUGGGAGUCUAGCUUCGGGUCCUGUUUUAAAGGUUCCGGAAGUUGUGCGUCUCCCCAAAGGUGGAUUCCAGCUUCGUAACGCAAACCGUAGGAGCGAAUUCGUUUGGGCAGAAAUUCAUGAGAAACCCAGCUGAACGAGGAGGACGCUGCAUUAUUCUGACCAACUGAGAUAUUCCAGCUCCUGUGCUGCGGACAUCUGAUUGUUUAGAUGGAACUAAACCCUUGAUCUUAUCCGUACACAGCAUUUGGAGAUGUGAUUGUCGUUUACAGGGUGCGCGCAUUUAUGGUGACAAUUCCAGCAGCGACGCGGCUUUGGCACCAUCAAUAAUUAACAACUAAUUGUGCUUUUUCUUGCACAGUUAAAACUCCAAGGACAGUGCACAAGCAGUGUGAAGAGUUGGAUAAACAAUACUUUUUAUUAUUAAGGGACAUUAAGACUUUUAGUGACACAGGAAAAUGAUGUGAAAAAGGUCUGGAAAUGCGUCGCAAAUGCUUUUAUCUGCUCCAGGUGUGCGCCGUCGUCAGCCUCCUGCCGUCGGCCUGUUUAGCAGACCUGACGUGUGAAGCUCUGCUCAUGCUGUCGGGAAACCUCUCAUUGCAGUCCCUGGCCGCUUCCUGGAACCAAACCCUGAGCAACACCACGAGCCAAUGGAGCGGCUCAGGAAUUUAUUGUGACACCUCCAUCGAUGGCAUCGGCACCUGUUGGCCCAGGAGCAGCGCCGGCCAGAUGGUGUCACGGCCCUGUCCAGAGAUGUUUUAUGGUGUCAGGUACAACACCACAAAUAAUGUUUAUAGGAAAUGUCUUGCAAAUGGGACCUGGGCGCUGAAGGGGAACUACUCGAUGUGUAAGGCCAUACUUCACGAGGAGAAAAAAGGAAAGAUGCAUUACCAAAUCGCUGUGAUCAUAAACUUCUUGGGUCACUGCAUCUCCAUGGUGGCUCUCCUCAUUGCCUUCUUCCUCUUCUUGUGCUUGAGGAGUAUCCGCUGCCUAAGAAACAUCAUCCACUGGAACCUGAUCACUGCCUUCAUCCUGAGAAAUGCCACCUGGUUCAUCGUCCAAAUGACCAUGAGCCCAGAGGUGCAUGAAAGUAACGUGAUUUGGUGUCGGCUUGUCACUGCUUCAUUUAACUAUUUCCACUCUACCAACUUUUUCUGGAUGUUUGGAGAAGGCUGCUACCUGCACACUGCCAUUGUCCUCACAUACUCCACUGACAAGCUCCGCAAGUGGAUGUUCAUCUGCAUCGGCUGGUGUAUACCAUUCCCUAUAAUAGUGGCGUGGGCCAUCGGGAAGCUGUACUACGACAACGAAAAGUGCUGGUUCGGGAAACGAGCGGGUGUCUACACCGACUACAUCUACCAAGGUCCCAUGAUCCUCGUACUGGUGAUUAAUUUCAUUUUCCUCUUCAACAUUGUGAGAAUCCUGAUGACCAAACUGCGAGCCUCCACAACAUCAGAGACGAUCCAAUACAGGAAAGCUGUGAAGGCUACUCUGGUACUCCUUCCUCUGCUGGGCAUCACCUAUAUGCUGUUUUUUGUGAACCCAGGGGAAGAUGAGAUCUCCCAAAUCGUCUUCAUAUAUUUUAAUUCAUUUCUGGAGUCCUUUCAGGGUUUCUUCGUGUCAGUAUUUUACUGCUUCCUAAACAGUGAGGUCCGCUCGGCUGUGAGGAAGCGGUUCCAUCGAUGGCAGGAGCAGCACUCCAUCCGAGCCAGGAUGACCCAGGCUAUGUCCAUCCCCACUUCACCUUCACGGGUCAGCUUUCACAGCAUCAAGCAGUCCACGUCGCUAUGAAAGAGGAAACCAGCUUUGUCCUACACAGGCGCUUUGGGAGAAACCUCCAGCUGUCAUUGUCAUCGUUUUUCUGCCACCUCACUGGAGUACACUAAAACACUUUUUGAGCUGGGACAAAGCGACAGAGCAGCAGAGAGGCUGCAUCAGUCUCUGAAACCUCAGGAGGGAUGCUGCGCAGACAUUCUGGAGAAGAUGGAUGAGGGACGGGGGAAAGGACAUUGCAGACUUUGUGAUUCGAGAGGUUAGUGGAUCAAAAGAUGCACGUGACCAAGCUGACUGGCGUGACCUGGAGUUUCAGUGUGAAUGUACAGCACUCCAUUCGUUUAACAAUUGCCUGCCAUAGAAAGCAUCUGUUGUAACCCUACUUGUGCACUUUUACGUUACCACUAUCGUCAUUGAUUAUCACCAACAUCAUCAGUGGGAACUUGGAGCUUGUAGCGCUGGACCACAUCUAACUGGAAACCAUCCCAGUGGACACCAUGCUCAAGCCACAAGGACAGUGACAAAGCUGUUAAAUGUUCAGUUCUUUAUUUUAAUUUUUUUUUGUUUUUAAGUAUCACAAACAACUGUCUGGUUAUAGUGUUUGUUAUUUUGAUGUUGUGAUAUUGUCCUCCAUUCUCGGCUUGGUGCAGUUGUGCUUUAUUUAGCGACUUUCCAGAGAAGUUAAACACAUUCCAUAAAUUCUACCCGAUGAGUUUUGUUCCAGAAUAAAACACCCAGGUGGAAAUAUCUGAAUUAGCAUUAGCAGCAUUGGUUAAAAUCAAGCACAUGGCUAGUUUUUUUUUGUUGUUGUUGUUUGUUUUUUUUAAUGAAGUUUGAAAUCUUUAAUAUUUAGACAAAAUUAAGACAAAAUUCCUAAUUUAAAUUUUCUUUGAAUAUGCAGAUCAAACAAAUUAGUAAUUAAUUUACGUGGCUGUCCAGUAAUUUCCUCCUGACGAAAGCCACUAAAACAAUGUUGAGAAAAUGUAUCACAUAAUAGCAAUCCUUUCACUUUAUAGAUGCAGAUUUUGGAGCAUAGCUGCUUCCCUUUGAUCCCAGAUCAUUAGUUAAGUAAAAGUCUGUUUAUAUUAUCCAUCUGUAUCGCUCUCAGCCCCUGCUGAGUGAAGGGUUUUAGUUAUUUAAUCAAUGCAGGUGGAUUGUCGUGCAGAACAUAAUUAAACCAACAAUGUGUAGACCUCAAAGCUAAUGCUCCUUGUAAGUUGAAUGUUGAUUAGCUGUAUGUUAGCUAAAGCCAGCAGGAGUCGACCGCAGCAAAGGACGGAGUGCUAAAAACAAUUUGGAUGAUUUUAGUACUUUGUUUCACCUUACAACAAAACUUAAGCACCAACAAUAUCACCAACACAAACAAGAGCAGCUAAACCUGAGUUCUGGAGGCAGCGGCCAUGUAAGUAAUGUCAAGUUUCCACAGUUUGGGACUUUUUUAGUGAGGGAUUGUCAUAUUUAGUCAAAGUCCAACAAGCAAUGGGCCAUGCAGCCUGAACUCAUAUUUAGACUGUCUGCAGGAUGGGUUAUUUCCUCUGGCAUGCCAGAUUUGGGCCACUAUAGGGCCUGUUUAGCUGCUUAGGUUAUGUUAGAUACUUGGAGCAAAUGUUUUCAUGAAUAUUGAGCCACUUUUUUUCUGUUUAUAAGAAUUAUUAUUUUCUGCGCCACUCAGUGAUAAUAAUAAUAAUUUACAUUAUUUCUCUUUUUCUUUUUUUUCUUCCUCUUUUUUUGUUACUCAGGGACAACACAACAAACCAUAAACACAUUAGAUUGUACUGUUAAGUUUUUACCAGUAAUUAAUAAUUAGCCGGUACAUUUGUAGACAUCCCAUAAUACAACUUUUAUUGGAUGUCUUUAUGACAUCGAAUUUGAUACUUAAGUGCUUGUUUAUGCUUUUAACUAAAUAUUACUUAUCCACCUUUACCUGGACAAAAAUAUCUAAAGAAAAGCAGAUUUUAAGUUUGUAAAUUCAUGAAAAACAAAAAUGUUGAUGAAUCAUGCACUCAGGGACUGUUUUAUGUGCAAUGACAUCCAUUUUUUUUAUCUGCAUGAGGUAGGCGGUGUCUGAUGAGGCCACUGAAGCUGACCAAUCAGACCAGAGCAGAUAGAGCGAGAGGCUCCGCCUACUUUGUCUCCACAGGAAGAGCCCUGUUAGCUUUAUUGAUGUUUUAUGUCCAACCUAAUGAAUGUAGAGCUGUGAGCAGUUAAAUAAAAUUAAUAGAAUAAUAAAUGAAAGCUAUCCUAAUGAUAGAUUAGUCAUUUAAAUCCUUUUAAGCAGAAAUUAUCUAAUGCCAGCUUAACAGGUUGUCUAUUUAUUUUUUUUUCCUUAUUACAGAAAAACGAAUUUCAGCAAAUUUACAAAAUUCUUAAUUAUCUGGCAAACAAAUCUAUAGAAAAGCUUUUUACUGCCAAUGGGACUUUUUUUUUCUUUUUUUUAUGCUAAAUGAUUCAGUUUUCACCAGCUUCUCUAAGCUGUGUCUUUCCAUUGUUUGCUCUUGAGUGUACAUUUAAGGUUUUAAAGUUUUUUACAUUGACCUUACAAGCUGGAAAACCAAAACAUUAAGUUCAAAGCUGCUAAAGAGACAAGCUCCGCCCAGCUCAGGUGAUUGGCGGAAUGACUGAACUAUUUCUGUCGAUCUUUUAAUCCACUUGUUGAAUAAAACCACUGAUUUUGUGGCGUUUUAAGCCAAGUUUCCGUUGAACGUACCUGACCUGAAUUCUUGAUCUAAUAAACUUUCUGUUUAGACUGGAACAAAACUCAUCAGCUGAACAAAGAGACUUAACAUUGUUGCCUCUACACCAGCAAGCCACAUGAGAGGGAUUCAUGUAAUCAGGAAGGUCUUCAUUCUUGUUCAUACCAGGUGACUUUUUGUGACUUUUGGUUGACUUGAAUCAUUACUGAUUAAUUGUACAUAUAUAAAUAGCAGAGCAGGAGUGUUUAAAUCCAUUGGAGUCAUCACAAAUAUAAACCAAAAACACAAGCCACACACUGUAAAUCAUAUGGACACAUGAUCCAUGUACUCAGCAAUUCACAGUCCACAUUCCUAUUUUACCUGUAUGUCUCGCACCUGUGCGUUCUUAUGAAUUGCUGUUUUUGUGAAAUUGUACAUGAAUUUCCUCUUUUUGUUUCCCUAAUUCUUUUUUUUUUCAUCCCUUGUAAGUAAUGUGUGAGCAAUGGUUGUGAUAAAAUGUCAAAUUAUUUAUGUUAACGGACUCUCCCAUACCACCGCGAGGUUGGUAUCUGUUGUAGCUAAGCAGCUGCUUCCGUCUUGAUGGAUCAUCUUUGAGGUUUAAAAUUUUUAAAUUGACUCAAAGAAACAUGUAAUUAUGCACUUUUGUAAUGUAAAGGAAGCAAGCCAGUAGAGAAAGUUAAUGUGAUGUUAUUUUAUGAAACCAGCAGUUUAAUAACCCAACGUUAUGAACAUGUGCAUUUACAAACCACACUCCGGAUGAACGUAGGAUGUCUGAUUAUUGUUACACUGCACUAAUCUAUCGAGUGCAAACCCUUCCUAUCAGAUUAGAGGAUUACUCCUGACAAGAACUGGAAAUUUUCUAUCCCGGAUACAGCUAAACACACUCUAAUUUCUCUCCAUAGCAUGGCUUGUUUCCAACCAUUAACAGGGAUUUCACCCAGAGAAAGUAAGAGUUAUAUUUAUGUAGAAUAAUCUACACCCAUGUUAUAUUCCUGCUUUGUGGCGGCGUCAUUUUCUCAGCACUGACACCUACAGUUUAAGAUGUAGACUGAGUCUAGUGAGUCAAGUACCACUAUAAAAAGCUAUCACUGUUUAAAUUUAGUCCUCUCCUGGUUGACAAUAACAGAUUUUAUUUACAUUUGGAUAAGAACAGAUAAAUGUAAAUGGUCCAAAUAAAUAUAAAUGUGUCUUAACUGGCAAAGAUCAAAGUUACCAGCCUGUCCAGCUAUGUUAAUUCUGCAGUAAACUCACGACUGAUCAGCAUCUUUCUAGAUAUUGCAGAUAUUCCCAGAGAUUUCCAGAAGAACAGGGCUCGUGUGGAUGUCCACCACUGUUGUUUUUUUCUGUUUGUUCUUGUAAGUUCAUUUCCACAUGGACAAACAACGAAGACCACCCUCUGGUGAAAUUCAGCCCAGUUUAUUUACCUCAAAACAACAAAUGAAAAUCACUUCAGUGAAGUUUCACAAGUAAGACUAAAAAAAUUGUAGAAUUCCUACAUUUUUCCAUACUCUACUACACAUACAUGUGCUUUAUGUAUAUGUUCACCUAUAUGAUGGCAUCCACUUUAAACAUCUCACUAGUUUUUAUUUGGCCCCAAACGCUAAUUCUAGCAUCAUAAAUUGCUAUUUCAAUACUUGUGUGCUAUCUUCUACUUGUGAUUCCUUACUUGUCUGCACUCUCCCCCUCCAAUGGUAGGGUUAGAAUUAAUAUAUGUGGUUACCUAUUACACAUUGUUCUGGUGAGACUGGGCCGAGCAGGAAGAAGCAGCCAACUGUCGGUGGUAAGCUGUCAUUCCAACAUCGCAUUUGGUCACAAAAAGAGAGACAUUUAUUAGUUUCUUCAUGGUGAUGUGGUACAAAAGGUGAUAACGUCACAAUGUCAUUCACUUUAUAAUUUAUUGUUAUUUAUUUUCAGUAUUGUUAUUUUCAUACUUGAAAAGGUGUCAAGAGAAAAUAAAAUGUGUGUUGCAUUUGACUGAAAAAUGGAACAAAUGGCUGAAAUGUUUAUUUCUAGAAGACAACUCUAUAAAAAGCACAUAUUGGGCUUCCAUUACCAGCUAUGGAGACUCUGCUCAGGUUUACACAACCAUUUGUCUCCACCCUCCCACGAGACCAAAGCAAACAAGAAAUACAUUUUGAGCAUCGUGUGAUCCUCUUAAGCUUUGUGUGUGUGCGUCUCUAAGGGGAGCACAGAUGAACAUCGGCUUUUAAAUAAGGUCUUUCUGCCCAAGUGAACAUUCACCAUUUUCUUCCAUGACCAAGAACAAGUAAGGACUUUUUUCUGCUUUUAAUCUGCACUGUGCUACAACAAAAAGGAACCAAGAGGGGGAAAACAAGUUACAAAAAUGAACUGACAGUUUUCUAACAUGACUAUUUUGUAAGGGAUUUAAGGCUUCUGGUGCUUCCACAAUGCUUAAUUGGAUGUGAACUUCAAUGCAAACGCUGAAGGAGAACAAGAGGGUUAGUAGCUGCCAGCGGAGC